GAUGAAAGAUGAAAUGGAAGUGUGUCCUGGGUUCGAAUCAGACGAAUGUGAUCCUCAACCACAGCAACAACCUGAUUCAGAAUCUGAGCUAGCGUUUGAGCACGGAUCAGAUGGGGAGGAUGAGCCACUUCCUGGGGUCAACCAUAUUUUCAGACAACCCAAACGCUUUUCAUUUCCUUUCCCUGAAGAUAACAUUCUUUCAAGUUCUCCUAUUGUAGGAGUGUCCUCUACGCCGCUAAGAAUGCGCUCUCUACUCGCAGCCACGUCCAUGUUUACUGCCAGUCCCCUAACAUUUGGGCCUACUGGACUCCAAAACAAAUGUGUUACUCGGAACCGGAAUCGCACCACCUCCGAUGAGGGGGGUCCUGAACGUUUUGCCUUAAACAACUUGUCUAUUUCAUUGUGCAACGACAGUGGUAUUAACGAAUGUAGUUUCGGAGUAUCUCAUAAACCUAAGAAGAGUGUAAGAAGUCUGAACCUUAUGGAUGAAACUCCUCCUGGGAUUAUGUUUGAUGAGGACAACAUAGAAGCAUUGCCAGAAAGUGACGACGAAACUGACGGCCCCGGGUCCAACAAAAGGGGACUGAGUGACUCCUACUUAGCUCUAAAAGAAAAGAGCCCCUCUGUGCCUCAAAUGAAAAGGCGCUCUAGUGAACAUCUGCCAAGGGUUCCUGGUUGUUUAGACUCUAGCUACUACGAGAGUAUGCCCUUGAUAGGAGAUAACAGCAGGGAAUAUUUGCUGCCAUACGACUCCACCUGUAGCAGCGAACACAGCGAUUUUAAAUGUGUAUCUCAUCAAACUGUAGCUGACCUAAUUAACGGAAAGUUCGAUGGCGUUAUUGACAACUAUCUCAUAUUUGAUAAUAGAUAUCCUUACGAAUACGAAGGAGGACACAUUAAGGGAGCAAUAAACAUCGUGACACAAGAACAAAUGACUGAUUCUUACUUCAGCAAUCCAACAUUUGAAACCGUCCGACAGGUGGUGAUAUUUCAUUGCGAGUUUAGUUCGAAGCGUGGACCGAAGAUGUGCCGGUAUGUCAGGAAAACGGAUAGAACAAUGAACAAACAGAACUAUCCAAAACUAUUUUAUCCUGAAAUCUAUAUUCUUCACGGAGGUUACAAGGAUUUCUACCCCAAAUUUCCUGAACUGUGUAUACCACAAAACUACACUCUAAUGUUGGAUCCCUUGUUUGAGACAGAGCUAGCUCAUUGGUUGAGAGUUACCAAGCAGGUCACAGGAGACAAUGGCCAGGCAACCGUGCGGGGGAUGAAAAAGAGGACCAAAUCUUCUAGACAGCUCCAGAUGCCUUAACAAGUCGUCUGCCCAACUUGAUAGUAGUAAUUUAUAUUGUUAGCAGGAUAUAACGUGUCUUUUAUUGUAGAUGGUGGGCCCAGUGACCAUGACACUGGAUUUUAGGUGUAAACUGUAAAAAUUUCAAACUGUAAACUCUAUUGUAAAAAUUAUAUUCUUUCAUAUUCCUCUUUACGAAAUUAAUGGUAAUAGCUCUUUAUUUAUGCGAGUACUAAAAACUAAAAUUGAUAAUAUGUUAUGUUUUUAUAUCAAUAUGUUCUUAUAAUCCCAUUCUCAAAAUUUGACUGAACUCAAGUUGCGACUUCACCUUAUUUAAAAGGUUGACUGAGCGCUGACAUUUUGGAGCUUAACUAUUAUACAAUAUAUAUAACAUUUAAAAAUUAAUGUACAGCCAAACCUCUAUAAACCGGGCUACUCGAGGAAUGUCAAAAUGCUUGUUUAAAAUUUGUAAACAGAGGUGGGAUUUACAUACUUGAAACCAGUACAUAUUACAUUUUCAAUUGGGAUAACAGAAAUAAUCCUGGUAACGGAGAGACCUGGUAAAUUAACGCAUGAAAAGUAAAGGUUUGACUGUAUCAUUAUCGAAUUAUUUGUAUGUUGUGUAAAACAUGGGACAAGGAGUUAUUGGAAUGCCUCCGAAGCUUAUUUGUGUUACUUUAGUUCAAACUUUUCAAUUAGUUCUGAUUGUUUGAAACCUACACAGUUGGCAAUGGAGGCAGUCACGUGUCAUGUUUUUUAAAAGCUAUGUAAUUACAAACUUAUUUGGUUU